AUGGCCGCUAAGGCAGCUCCGGACAUAAUCCAUCUCCACGAUAAUUUCACACUUCGAGAAAAGGGAGGAAUAUGGAAACCGGAUCGACACGAGAAAAUCUCUUUGCAGUCUUACGGUUAUGUGUUUGGUGAAACUAUCGGCGAGGGACCCAGGUCAAAGGUUAAAAAGGCGAUUCAUCAGCGGAUGAAUAAAACCGUUGCGAUCAAAAUCAUCAAGAAAAAUCGCUACAAGAAAGAGACAUUGGAAAAAUUUGUCACCAGAGAGAUUAGAUUGAAUCAGAAUCUACAACAUCCGGGAUUGCUUGACGUAUAUUCGGUAUAUAGUAGUAAUGAUUGUUACUACCUGGUCAUGGAGUACGCCCCGAAUGGAGAUCUCCUUACAUUCGUUAAUAAACUUGGUCGUUUGUCCGAACCAGACGCCCGCCGGAUCUUUAAGCAAAUACUGGACACUGUCAACUAUCUUCAUACAAAUGGCGUCUGUCAUCGCGAUAUCAAAUGCGAAAACAUCCUUCUCGAUCGAUUUUAUAAUAUCAAAUUAACUGAUUUUGGGUUUGCGCGCAUGUUUCCACAAGACCACUUCGUAGGUACAAGUUGUGGUUCUUAUGUGUAUACUGCACCGGAAGUGCUCACAGCAUCGUCGUAUGAUGCCGUCUUGGCUGACAUAUGGAGUAUGGGUGUUUGUCUGUAUGCGAUAUUGUGUGGUCAUCUGCCAUUCCGGGACGAUGAUUUAGCAGUGAUGCGCUUCGCCAUGCAAGAAAGGCUCCAAUUCCAUAAAUAUGUCUCUAGAGACUGUCGUGAACUACUGAGGGCGAUGCUUUCUUACGUUCCAAGAGGGAGACCUUCCAUCAACAAAAUAAUGAAGACUAAUUGGAUGUGUAAACCACUGAAAAAUGUUGGCGAAUCAUCCAUGUCGCACAUGUCUGUGGCAGCCGUGACCGACAUACAUGAAAACAAUAUGGAGUACAAUGUCUACGCUGAGCAUGGGUUUUCAUGUAAUCUACAUGACGAUGUUUACAGAGGAACUCGGGUUACCGAUGUUCUGCGUACCGUCGCGGAAAACCACAGUUCGGGGACCAGCUCGAUUGACCUGACCAAAAUAGAUAUUCCUAAAAAUAAGGCGUCCACAACUGCUAUGGUUACUGGAGUAGCAGGGCCAAUCGGAAGAAAGCUGAGUCAGCAAAUGGGAUUAGGCGAUUCAACCAAACGUUCACUAAAAUCAAGUGGUAACGUGUGGUCUCCCCUAGGCAAGAAAGAAGGUAAAAGGAAAGAAGAAGGUCAAAGGAAAUCUGCAUUCGGCAAGGCCGCUAAUGCGCUGGCGACAUUCAGGCGAGCAGCGAGAGUUGUAACGGCAGUAAAACGGUUUCAACGAAAACCACUGAACACGAUUCUGAACAUGCCACAAGACCAAGCCAUGGCGAAGAUAAUUCAUACUCGUGAAAAAUGUGCCUCAUACGAAAUCAAAGAUCUACAUUUUAGUCAAGCUGGCAAAGCGGCUACUUUGUCUGGGAGGAGAAGGAAGGAAAUCGCCUUAGAAGCACGACAGUCGGAAAUAUUGCGGCAAAAUGAAUUUCGAGCAACAGAGGAGCGACGCGGGCUGUUUGGACACACAUUGUCCAUUCUGACUCCCGGUUCUGAUGUUCAGAUCCUUGAGUUUUAG